AUGGCCCACGUCAGACAGAGUAAUGUUCAACCCACCCCAUCCUCCCCGUCUCCGCCAAGUUUGGCGACGUCUAUCGGGGGGAGGGAUCCCCUCCCCUCCCCUCAGCUUGAGCAGAGGGGAGUGAAGGGGGACAGUCAGAUCGUACUGUGCGCUCUCAUGCUCUUGGAUCUGCUGUCAGGUUCUCCCCGCUUCCCACGUUCCCCUUCUUUCCCACUACUGCCGAUCGCCUGCCAUAGUCAUCCCUCCCCCCCUCCUCUCAUCCCACUUGGAAUGGCAUUCCCCCUCGGUUCUUCCCCUUUCCCUUUCUUUUCCCCCCCACCCCGCCUUCUCCCCAUUUCGUGCUCAGCGUGUGCGCCCAUGACAGCCGCCGUUCGCCUGCCACCUCAAAGCAACGCCGCCGACCGUAAGUCAGCCGCCUAUUCCAGAGCGUUGAACGCACCCUUGCGGCCUUGCCCGUCUCGUCUCGUCGGCCUUACUCCAACUCGUGAGCAGCGCAACUGUGCGGCACUCAAUGCGGUGUGCGUGAAGGACAGGGGCGAUGCCACCUGCGUCUGCAACGUUGGAUUCGCCAUGACCCCCACCGGCUGUGUUGACACAUGCGUGCUCAAGGCGUGUGGCGUCAACGGCAAGUGCGUCAAGGACAGCGCUGGAGCGGCGUCCUGUGUGUGUGACACUGGCUUUGCGCUGCAGGCGGAUGGCAAGACGUGCACUGGUACGAGCUUCUAUGUUCUGUUGUGCUGGUGCAUGCUCUCCUAUUCUGAGAUCUCGUUUCUCCUUCAAUCCGGUCCGUCCCCUUGUGCAUGA